CACCUCGGACGGCGAGCGCAUCACAAUCACGAAGAUCGUUGUGCACCUCAAGCAGCUCAACGCGGACACAAUGGCUCACGACUUCGUAAUCCUCGAGCGGUCCAAGGUGUCGCCGGUCGAGAUUGCGUUCAAGGACGACGCACUCGGUGCCAUGCAAGGGAAUAAAUAA